UUCGCAGGAGCACUUCUCACGUAGUGUUCGUGUGCGAGCCGACAAACUCGGUGGACAGCGAGCGAGCGCGCGGUUCGCUGCACUCUAUACGGCGCGGCUCGCUCGACGUGCGCUCGGUCGCGUCCGACGGUCUGCGGCGAACGUCGCUGGCUAAGUUGCAGGGCCUGCCGUUGGAGGCGCCUAUCACUAAGGUGAUAUCCCUACUCUCAACGGCGACAGAGGGCGCUCCUCCAUCGACUGUGGCGUGCAUAGAGCGCGCCGUGGACAUGCUGCGCACUUCAGAACUGUACUCCCCUCAGAUGCGAGAGGACCCCAAGAUGAGGGCCGAGGACCCUAUAGCGACCGACCUGAUUGGAGCAUUGUUGUCGCAAGGCGCACCAAAUGUACUGUCUUCGAGAAGGAGCAGCAAUGACUCUACGGUCGUCAGAACGCAGGCUAACAGAACCAAUAUGAAACAUAAAACAACAGGUCAACUCCGCGAACUUUUGGACACGCACCUAAGCUGGGACUUCGAGAUCUUCCGACUAGAGGACUUGACUCGCGGCCGACCGCUCACUCACCUGGGCCUCACACUCAUGGGAGGGAGGUUCGACCUGUGCUCUACCCUGGAGUGCGACGAGAGGACACUGUUGCAUUGGCUGACUAUUAUAGAGACCAAUUACCACGCAGUCAAUACUUACCACAAUUCUACACACGCUGCUGAUGUACUUCAGGCGGUAGCAUACUUCAUAGAAAAAGACCGCCUCAAAAUGAUACUGGAGCCGCUAGAAGUCGCCGCAGCGCUGAUAGCGGCGGCGGCACACGACAUCGACCACCCCGGCACCUCGUCCGCCUUCCUCUGCAACUCGCGGCACUCCCUCGCCAUCUUGUACAACGACGUGUGCGUGCUGGAGUCGCAUCACGCCGCUCUCACCUUCAAACUCACUCUCAGCAACGAACGCGUGAACAUAUUCAAGAAUCUCGACCGCGACACGUACAAGUCGAUGCGGCACAACGUCAUCGACAUGAUCCUCGCCACGGAGAUGACCAAGCACUUCGAGCACCUCGCCAAGUUCGUCAACGUGUUCUACGCCAAGUCCGGCGGCAGCAAGGAGGACGACAUGCAGUCCGAUGAACCCUUGUCAUUAGACACAACAGCUUUGACGUCGCCUGACAAUGUAUCGCUCGUGAAGAGAAUGAUGAUCAAAUGUGCAGAUGUCUCCAACGCUUCCAGACCACAAAAGUUCGCCUUUGAAUGGGCGAGAAGGAUCGCGGAGGAAUACUUCCUGCAGACGGACGAGGAGAAGGCCAAGGAGCUGCCGGUGGUGAUGCCCAUGUUCGACCGCGCCACGUGCUCCAUCCCGCGCUCGCAGAUCGGCUUCAUCGACUACAUCAUCAUCGACAUGAUGGAGGCUUGGGCUGCAUUCAUCGACAUGCCAGAACUGGUAACUCACGCGCGAAACAACCAUCAACGCUGGCGCGAACUAGACGAAGCCGGGGUCACCACCAUAGCGGACGUGCUGCGAGCUCAAAGGCAAGGCGCUCUACCGGCUCCACCCCCCACUACGAGUACCUCGGAACCCACUGCUGAGGAAUAAACCAGACAAUCGAAGCCAAAGAAAAUAAUUACCAAAAUAAUAGAAAAACAAGAGAGUGAUCAGUCAGUUAAAUCAAAUACAAUCGCAAAGUCAACUGUAGCUUUCCGGGAAUUGGACUAAAUGCAAAACUAAUUAGCAAAAAAGACUAGCAACAAUAGUCUUCUGGUUAUUUCUCAUAAUACGAGUAAACCCGACACUCAGUCUCAAAGAGACAGUGACAUAUCUACAUUAUCUUAGCCCUUGUCGAAUUCACUGAAUGGGGCCCCGGUCUUAUUGUAUGUUCUUUUAAUGUUAGAUUACUUCAAAAGCUUCUAACUUCUUGGUUAUAUUGGGGGCCCCUUCAGACCGUUGCGUUGGCAAGUUAAAAACCCACGUCUUUCUCUCAUUCUUGAGAUCAAUCCUAAUAAUUGAAUCGAUGUCCAAACAUCUCGAAUCUGACGGAUUGACAUUAUAACAAUAAGAAGUAUUUUAAUAGUCACAAAACCCAUUUUUAUCAUGAACUACCUACCUAACCUACAAAAAUCGGUUCCUAGAGCCAAUAUUUUAAAUUAAUAAUAAUAAUAAGUGUUUAGACGUGCGUACGUUACGUUACGUAAGUCCAUGUUGACAACAUUAGGAAGAUGAUGUUGAUGAUGAACUGGAUCAUGCCUGCCUCAAUUAUCUUUCUAAUCGACUCGAAAAUAAAUAUUUUACAACAAAUCGACGUUCCCAGUGCAGAGAUAUUGGGAUUCCAAAUAGAUUACCGAAUAGUUAAACAGCAGAUCUUGACGAAUUAUAAAAAAAAAUGGUUAAUCCCAAUUACCUAUUUGUUCGCGACUUAAUGAAGAAAUUAUAAAUGCACAAAUAAACUAAUAAUCGAGAGAAAUUAAUUUAGUUAGAUGAGUGAGUUGAAUACAAAUAAAAAGACUAUUCGAAAUUAAAUUCAAUUUUAUUUUACUUCGGAGCCUUUAUUAUUAUUAAACGUAUGACGGUACAAAUCGUACAAAAAGAAACUUUAAUUAUUUGUUUGGUAACAUAAUUGAAAUUAAGUUCAAUAUAUUACCAAAUAGAUAAAUACAAUCGAGACCAAGUAAAACUAAAAUGGAUACGACUCUCAGGAAGUUUGUUUCCUAAAAUGAAUUUGGACGUUAUACUGAAUAAGUCUGAAAUGGAUCACUGGCGCAAGCCCCAAUGGAUGUGUCCGAUAAUACGCUUAUUUUACCUAUUAUAACCGUGUUGGUGUGGGUAUUAAAAUGUAUUGUUACUACCAAGUAGAUAACGGUAGAUAUUGAAUCCAUUGUUUAUUAGUGUAUUUAUUGAGUAAAUAUGUCAUUGAUAUAAUCUAUAUCGUCGUCUUACUAAAUGUUAUUCAGUGUAUGAGAUAUAUAAAUUGUAUUACAGUUGCCAUUUAGACGGGUAUUUAAUUUGUUGUUUAGGUAAAUAGAUACGUUAUAUAAAAAUUAGACUUGCAACGAAUUGUAAAGUGGAGCACUCGCCGAUUACCGAAUAUUCUGCAGACUUACUGGCUGAAUAGCCGACUGAAUAUUCAGAAAAUAUUCUCUAUUUACACAAAAAUCUUUUCCAAUUAUAUUAAUCAAAAUAUAUUUUGUGAGAUAAUUUUAUUUUGCUUUCACUUUACGUUCAUUAUAAAAUCAUUUAAUAUUUUCAUUUCGUAAAUUUUUAGACCACAACAAAAAUCUUAUGUAGAUUUUGGGCACCUAUUCGGCCAAAUAGCACCCAGAGAUUCGUUAUUUUGGCAAAUAGGAUGAAUUCGUUGCAAAUCUAAUAAAAAUCCGUGAUAUAGUGCCAUAUAUAAGGUAGCUGGCAUUUACGACGUGAUAACAUUUUGUGUCCUACUUCAUUCACUGGAAAUACGAGUAAGUUUUCAAACAAGUUAUCACGCCUACCUUUCGGCGGACAUUUUCAUCGCUUACCAUGACAUUGUAACUGUAUAAGAUUCUCGAUCUAUUUGAUCAACCCUUAUGAGUCCCAAAAGCCAUUAUUUUUCACUAGAUAUAUUAGGUACAUUAUUACUGAAUAUCCGCUUCAAAUAUAGAUCUAUUUGAUCAACCCCUAUGAGUCCCAAAAACCAUACUUUUUCAAUAUAUAUAAUAGGUAUAUUAUUACUGAAUAUCCGCUUGAAAUAUAAUUAAUGUGUGACUUUCUACUGUCACAGAAAUUAUUGAAAAUGUAAAACAUUAUUAUAAAGCACAAUAAGGAUAAUUUCUUAUUAAGUAGGUACUUAUCGAACCCUUGAUUCAGGUUUUUUAUUUUCUGCUCAGUCUAUAUAAGCUAAAUAAAGUUUUCUAAUAUUAGUAUUCCUUAUUUCGUACUUAGAUUGGUUAUAAAUAAUUAUGAAUAUAUCUAAGCGGUAGAUCAAAUCUCUUUAAAGAUAAAAUUGGUCCACUUAUACACUUGAGCUUUGAAAUGAAAAUUCCUAUUUUUAUAUGUAACUUUUAUAGUACCAAUACACCGAACCUUUCGGUGUUGUCAUAUCAUAAUUUUCAAAUUUUUCGAGUGUUUUAACAAGUUUUUCUAAACUAGAACAAACUUUUACAUAACUGCGGGCUUAUGAUAUAAGAUUUUUUUUUAUUAAAACAUAAAAGAGCGAUGAUUUUUGAGAAUUAUCUACUAAUUUCUUUGGUCACACUGAUGAUAGGUAGUAGGGACAUACAUAUAAUUUACCUAUAUUAAAAUCAUUAGUAGAAGUCAUAUUUAAAUCUUCUAACAUAAUCCCGCAGUGCAGUUUUCUUUUUAUUUUCUCAAACAACUAGUUAUCUACCUUUUUCACCUUUUUAUACAUUACGACAACUUGAAUAAAUGUUUAUCUAAGUACAUGUUUAUACCUGAACAUUUAAUAAAAUAUAGGCAAAUCGGCCAACUUUUUUUCAAGAAUAAUAUUUCUAGAAAUAACUAGCUAAAUGUUAGCAAUACAGUCGCAAACUAUAUACAGUCGAACGUAGAACCUCCUCCUUUUGGAAGUCGGUUAAAAAUAAAGACAUACAUUCUAUAACAAAGAAUAAUAGUCCAAGUUACGAAACUACUCAAAUACUAUAGAUGUGAAUACUUAUUAGUCAAAGAGCCUGUGGCCAAAACUACGUAAUUAAAAAAAACAGACAGACAUUAAAAUGUGCGCGAGUGAUAUUAUAAGGGUUCCGUUUUUGUACUACGUACGUUCGGAACCCUAAAAAACUGAAAAUUUGUCAUACCGUGUCCCACAUAAAGGUUGAUGUCCCCCUAUGUAAGGCAAUUGUUUUUUUUUUAAACAUACUAGUAAUACAAAUAUGUACGUAGAAUGUAAAUUAUUUCAACUAUUAGCUUAUUUAAAAUAAAUAUUACUCUUUUUCAUUUGUAGUCCGAGAGCAAGUGCUAAAUGGAGUACUCAACAAAACUGAAUACCUACUUUUAAUUUAAACUACAAAUUUUUAGCUUGUAAAUUUCUCUUGAAAUAUUAUUUUACUUUCCUACUAUUAGUCCUAGUUGGCCAAUUUGCUAAGCUAUGGUAUCUACAUGUUGCUUAAAAUUUCGUGUUUACUAUUAAUAUAGUUUAUUACUAUUAAUUAGUUGAAAUAAGGUUUAACGUAUUUAUAUACUUACUAAUUAUACCUACCUAUAAUAAUAUUAAUUAUGAAAAGUUAGAGAUUUAUUCGUCUAUAUGACGCUGGUAUUCAUAGUAAUUUAUACAUAAUUUGUAGCUAAUAAAUACAAUUUUAUUAUUGUGGUUAUUAUAUAAUAUUACGCUUUCUUGUGCUCAAUGUCAAUACAUAACGGUCUAAAUUACCAGACAUACUAUGUUAAUAUGUAAUAAUAUAUGUAUUGGUGUAUACUGUAUCCCAAUGUUUACGUACAAUAGAGAAUAGUUAUUAAGUAUAAUUAUGAUGUUGUUUGGAGCGUGCGUAUGUACUUACACGUUUUGAAAAAUUUAUAAGUUGACUAGGUACAUACCAAAAUAUAUAAAGUCAGAAUAAUGUAAACAAUUUCUGAUUUGUUUUUGUUAGAUGAAAUCCGAAAAUCGACAAUCUAGAUUCAUAUAAGUUAUCACCUGUAAGUAUCAAAGAUCAAACUGCAGAGGCUGUUAUAAAUCUAGACAGAGGCCAGAUUUAAGGUUCUGUUUUUUUAUUAAAACAGCUGCAGUUUGAAAUAGUCGUUUAUUUUUUGGUUAUAUCUAGAUAUUGAUAUUUUAAGCAUGCGGAUUUGUGGACAUAGCAAAUGUUCACAAUUCCGUUAUAUUUUUCUGUGAAGAUUUUAUGCCCCACUUAAUUAUAUAAAUGUAGAGCGUGGUUCAAUCUCAUAUUAUUAUAAAACGAUUGUGUGUAACUUGAAUAUUAAUUAUCUACCAAAUGUAUGUUUCACGCCUACUAACAAAGUACAUAGACCGUAAUAUAACUAUAUUGAUUAGGUAUUAUAAGUUUCUAAUUUUACUAAAUUAUUUCGGUUAGCUAGUUAGCUCAAUUUAAUUAUUGGUUAGAAUAAUCCUCGUAAACUUAAACGCUACUACCUAUAUCUCUCACUCCUUCGAUGGCUGGAGGAUUUCAAAAAAGAAAAUUAAUAUUUUUUAUAAGUUUUGUUGAUUAACAUACCUAAAUAAAAGCAAUUUUACACAAGUCGAAAUCUGCAUUUCGUAAACAUUUUUAUUAAUCAUCUUUAAAGUUUGGAGGAGAUAGAACAAUUUAAAAGAAGGUAUUUAUAUUAAGUUGAUAAAAUGCAAAUUAUUCAGUGGUGCCAAUUCAAACGGAAAGAUUUACUGCAAGUAGGCUGAUGUCAUUUCGAAAUCUUCCCGAAAGAGCACCGUUAGAAAGCUACCGAUUUACUUAUGUUUUUAAUUUUUACUGAUAAACCGAAUUAGCACCAAUAUUUCAGUCAAAUGACAAGCAUGCGCAAAGCACAUAUAAACUGACGACGCACAGUAUUUGCGAUAGGUACGAGUAUGUAAUAUAAUCUUACUUACGUUGUUCGACGCGAAAGAUUACUAACAACGUACAAAUAGAUAUCUACUAUUUUGAAAAUUAGCAUUUGUCAAUAAAUCCUUUAAAGUCUCUUUUAGUAAAUAUUUAAUGAUACUAGGUCAAAAAAAUAUACAGGAUUGGAAAAAAAAAUUAUUACCAAUUUUUUAACAAGCACUCUUGGAAAAAUUUCCACGCCCUCUCAGUCAUUUUAUAGAAAUGUUAUUAACAUUUUUUUAAUUGUAGGUACUCGUACGUAAAUAUCGAUUCAACGAAUACCACUAGGGCGUAAGAAUCCAACGUGACAUAAGGGUACUUUGGUGUGAUUUAGUAAAUGUGGAUCUUAAUCCAAAGGAUGUUCUAUUAAAUUUGCCAAAAUCUAUAUCUAACUCCCUCCUCGAAGGUAAAGUAAGUACCUAACCUUUUAUUAAGGGGUAAGAAGCUAGAUUUUUUUGUGCUUUUAGAAAUAUCGCUCUCUUUUUCGUCUCAUCAUAAUGGCAGAGCUAUAUUUCCGGUUCGUCGACUAUGUUUUUUUCUCUUCACAAGAUAUAUCGUGGCGCGCAUCUUAGGCCUAUAGCUAUAGCUUGCCUAUAGUCGUGUUUCAUAAGGGUUUAUUUAGACGAGCAGGAACUGCUACCGACGACUGCAGUCAGCGACGUCUCGGCGGCAGUCGCCGACAGCAGUCAACGGCAGUCGACUGCAGUAGCCAAAGUCUCGGCGGCAGUCGACGUCGGUCGGCGACUACUGUCCACUGCCGUCAACUGCCGUCGACUACAGUCGACUGCAGUUGCCAGCUGCCGUUGGAAAUGUGCUGCUCGUGUAAAUAAACCCUAACUUUAAUUUACUAAAAUUUGUUAAAUGGACGUAUACCAAAAAAUAACACCCCCUUGUUGGACAAUGGCGUUCGUUGAACCCGUAUUUACCUGUGUACCUACUUGUCUUGUCUAAAAAAAAUAACGUUCUUUACUAAUAGAAGUUUUGUUUUAAAUGUAAGAUUUUGAAAUUGUAUAAGAAGGGGGCUGGUCCCCAAAUAUGAAUGUGAAAAUAUAUUUAGCAUAGUUGUGAAUUUUAUAUGCUAAAAAUAUUAUAUUAUAUACGUUAAACAUAGGGCCGUAUAUGACUAGGCUUGGAUAGAUUGGAUAAUGUUUGCAAGAUAUUUUACGAUACAUUUAUCUGAUAGGUACUUUGGGAUAUCGCAACAAUUAUUGUGCAAAUAGUUACUUACACUUCUGUCUGUCUGUCCAUACGUUAUGUUACAACUAAAUGCAUGUAUGAAAUUAUCUUCUACGAAAUAACGUAAUCUUAAUAAAAUUUAUGUGUACGUACCUAACUGUAGGUAGGUACAUAUUUAAAUGAAGUCUAGACAACAAUUAAGUAUAAAUAUAGGUAUUUUUAGCAGACUCAGAAGUGGCUUGCAAACAAUAAGAAAACUAAUGUCGAACAAAGGUUAAGAUGAAUCAUAGUUGUUGUCUAUUGUUGUCCACUUAUUUAACAAAAUCAAACUGAAACCAAAAUAAUGACCUUGAGUGAAGUCACGCACUUGUGAAUGUUGCAUGUAGGGUUAAAAACUUGGACAGCUAGCUAACACUCCCCUUUUCCCCUCAAGUCACUGUCCCCGCCUAUCUCAAGUAACCCAUUAUCUAUAUAUAUAAAAAGCUCUUAAAUUCUGCAAGUAGAUAAAGGUAAAAAUGUCAAGAAAGCCAAGUAGGUAUAUGCGGCCCUGUCUAAAUCAAUUAAUCAAUGUUAUAUAAAAAAAGAUCCUAACAAAUCAGGAUCUACUUGUAAUUCGUCGCUUUUUUAAACAUUUAUGGCGUCAUUGAAUUAUUACCUUACUAAUAAACAAUUUAAUUUUUUAUGUAAUAAUUUUUAAAAUAUAUAAAAGCUAUGAUUUUUGUAUGCUUUUGCUAAUAAAAGAUAUAUAGAAUUUUCCUUCUGAAAAUGUGAAAAAUUACAUGUUGAAAAUUUUGAAGUGUUUCAAUUUACUGUGAAUUCCAUAAGUUUGUUUAUGAAUAGGUAUAUUUUUAUUAUUUUAUUAUUAAAUGUAAAGUGGCAGUAAUAUUUUCAUAAUGAAUUUCCAUACAAUAUGUGUCCAGCUAUGAUGAAUGACAUUGUUAAGUGUUGUGUAAAUAAAUAAAUACUUACAAA